AUGAGCCGUCGCCUGCUACCGUACCUCGCCGGACUUGUGAUCACCACUUUUGCCGCUACGCCGACGCACGACACAAGUUGUCGGUCGGAUGUGAUCAACGACUUCCGAUGGACGGCCGUCAACAACAUCAACAUGUACCGUCAGUUGUUGGCGAAUGGAACGGCGCCCAACAAAUGCGGGACACUGCCCGGAGCCAAGAAUAUGUACAAGAUUUGGUACGAUUGCUCGCUCGAGGACAUCGCUUACCAGUUCACAUCGACCUGCGGAAAUGGAGGAGCUUGGCCAUCAAAUGCGAUCGCUAUCUCGGGUGCCACCACCUCCCUAAUGACCUCCGCGCAAGCCGUCUCGCAGCUGGUGUCGCUCAUGAGCGGCCAUCUGAAGCAGGCGACGACCACUGGAGUCGGUGCUGAUGUGAAGAUUGCGUCUGGUAUCACGGAUUGGAGCAAUUACGCAACCGGCGCCCGAACCCGUGUUGGCUGCUCCUAUAAGAUGGACUGUCCCGCAGCGUUAGGUCUACCGUAUGGUUACUACAUCGCAUGCGUGUUUGACACCAGCGCAGCUUCAACGGGUGAUGCGGCCUACCAAAUUGGCGACAAAUGCGCGGCUGAUUCGGACUGUACCUUGAAUGCCGGAAGCACUUGCGAGACCGCGACUGGGCUGUGCCAGUUCAGAUAUACCGACUCCGGUGCCAACACCCAGUGCCCUGGUACCCCAGCCAGCCUGACAGAUGCCCAGCGCACACUCGUACUCCAGUGGCACAAUCAGUUGAGAUCGAGCCUCGCAAAGGGUAACGAGCCCGAUGGAGCCGGAGGAAAUGCCCCACCCGCUAAGAGAAUGACCAAGAUGACAUACAGCUGCGUGGCGGAGAAGACGGCACACGAAUGGGGAGCGCAGUGCAACUAUGCUCAUUCGACGAAUAGGAACAACACCGGGGAAAAUCUAUAUAUGACAAGUGAUAACGCUCAGGAUCCGGCUGCUGCUCUUACUGCGGCCUCUCAACUCUGGUGGAAGGAACUGGUGCAGUACGGAGUCGGUCCUGACGUCAACCUGACGGAUGCAGUAUGGGCUAAAGGUGUCGGACAUUAUACGCAGAUGGCCUGGCAAGAAACGACCCAAGUUGGAUGCGGAUGGAUUCAUUGCCCUACGUUCACCUACGUCGUUUGCCAGUACAAACCUGCCGGUAACUACAUGUACCAACUGAUCUACGAGCCCGGACCGGCCUGCCAAACGGAUGCGGAUUGCGGAAAAGGACUACUCGUGCAGGAGGGUCGCCUGGCUGCAGGUGUUCAAUCACGAGAACUCGGGCCAACCGAGCCAGAGGACCUCAAGAUGAGCAGCUUACUGCUACCGUACCUCAGCGCUUUUGUGCUGUCAGCCGCCGCCACCCUGAGCAAUGAAAUGAACUGUCGAGCACAGGUGACGGACCAGUUCCGCUACACCGCUCUGAACAACAUCAACAUGUACCGUCAGUUGUUGGCAAACGGAACAGCGCCCAACAAGUGUGGAACCCUGCCGGCUGCCAAGAAUAUGUACAAGAUUUGGUACGACUGCUCGCUUGAGGACAUCGCCUACCAGUUCACCUCCACCUGUGGAAAUGGCGGAGCCUGGCCCUCGAAUGCUGUUGCUAUCUCCGGAAUGUCAUCGGGUCCAAUACCUGCCUCAUCAGCUCCAGGAUCUCUCCUCACUCUGAUGACCGGCCACAUCAAAUUGGCACAGACCAACGGACUUGCAGCUGAUGUUAAAGUUACCGCUGCUGUUGCGAACUGGGCUCAUUACGCAACCGGAAGCCGCACCCGUGUUGGUUGCUCCUACAGGAUGGACUGUAACACCACCAACCCUACAUACCCCUAUGGAUACUACAUGGCUUGUGUGUUUGAUGCAAGUGCCGCAGCCACCGGAGAUGCAGCUUACCAGGUCGGUGCCAAGUGCGUCAUCGACUCGGAUUGUACCUCCUUCGUCGGAAGUACUUGUGAUGCGGCCACUGGACUAUGCCAAUACAAGUAUACUGACUCCGGUGCCAAUACCCAGUGUCCCGGGACCCCGGCCAGCCUGACCGAUGCUCAGCGAAACCUCGUCCUCCAAUGGCACAAUCAGCUGAGAUCGAGCUUGGCCAAGGGCAACGAACCCGAUGGAGCUGGAGGAAAUGCCCCACCCGCGAAGAGGAUGACCAAGAUGACAUACAGUUGUGUCGCCGAAAAGACAGCCCACGAGUGGGGAGCGCAAUGCAACUAUGCUCAUUCGACAAACAGGAACAAUACUGGAGAGAACUUGUAUAUGAGCAGUGAUAACGCUCAGGAUCCGGCUGCUGCUCUUACUGCGGCCUCGCAGCUCUGGUGGAAAGAACUGGUACAGUACGGAGUUGGACCCGAAGUCAAUCUGACAGACGCCGUCUGGGCAAGAGGCGUUGGACACUAUACGCAGAUGGCUUGGCAAGAAACCACUCAAGUGGGUUGCGGAUGGAUUCAUUGCCCUACGUUCACCUACGUCGUCUGUCAGUACAAACCUGCCGGUAACUACAUGUACCAACUGAUCUACGAACCCGGACCGGCCUGCCAGACAAAUGCGGAUUGCGGAAGCGGCAGGACCUGUAUUGUCGCGGAGGGCUUAUGCCAAGUC